AAGAUCGUGGAAGCUAAGACUCUACAUAAAAAAAUGGCUAAAAUGGACAAACGGAACCCUCCACAAGAUCCCAAACCUACCCCAGAAGAAGAAAAUAAGAGAAUAGAACGCAAUGGAAAGGAAGACGAAGAAGAAGAAGAGGAGAAAACCUUCGAAGAAUUAGGUCUGGAUCAUCGAUUAAUCCGAGCUCUUCUCAAGAAAGGCGUUGACAAGCCUUUUCCAAUUCAACGCGUUGCAAUCCCUCUCAUUCUACAAGGAAAAGACGUGGUAGCUCAAGCUAGAACAGGCACCGGCAAAACCUUUGCAUAUCUACUUCCGUUGCUUCAGAAGCUGUUUCCCACGGAUUCGGUGUCGAAGUCCCGGCUUGCUCCAGGCGGGUUCAUUCUCGUUCCCUCGCGUGAAUUAUGUCAACAGGUUUAUAAAGAGGCCGUUUCAUUGGUUGAACUAUGUAGGGUUCAAUUGAAAAUUGUGCAAUUGACCAGUGGAAUGCCAGUUUCUGAUUUGCUAGCUGCAUUGGCAGGGCCUCCGGAUCUUUUGGUAACUACGCCCAAGUGCAUAAGAGAUUGCUUGUCUGCUGGAUUACUUCAGCCAGCUUCUAUUGGUGAAUCAUUAGAAAUUCUUUUCCUUGAUGAGGCAGAUCUCUUACUGCAAUUUGGUUUUGGAGAUGAUCUUAAAGCUCUUACUCCUUCCAUUCCUAGACGUUGUCAAUGCCUACUCAUGUCUGCUACAUCAAGCCCUGAUGUUGACCAACUUAAAAAGCUGAUUCUGCACAAUCCAUUCAUUUUGACUCUGUCAGAAGCAGAAGAUGUUAAGGAUGAGGUUAUCUCAAAAAGUGUGCAGCAGUUUUGGAUUUCAUGUAAUACGAGUGAUAAGUUACUUUAUGUUCUUGCUCUCAUAAAGUUGGAGUUGGUGUUGAAGAAAGUUUUAUUUUUUACCAACACUAUUGAUGCUGGUUUCAAAUUGAAAUUAUUCUUCGAAAAGUUUGGAAUCAGGUCUGCUAUCUUGAAUGCUGAGUUGCCUCAGAACUCUCGUCUACAUAUCCUGGAGGAAUUCAAUGUGGGGCUUUUUGACUAUUUGAUUGCGACUGAUGACAGUCAAACAAAAGAGAAGGAACAAGCUGUUAGGGACAAGGAUGUACACUCAAGGAAGUCCAGAAAGGGUGCUAAGACAAAAAUUGACUCUGAAUUCGGUGUUGUGAGGGGAAUUGACUUCAAAAAUGUUCACACUGUUAUAAAUUUUGAUAUGCCUUCAAGUGCUUCAGGAUAUGUACAUCGUAUUGGACGCACUGGAAGAGCAUAUAGUGCUGGUGCUUCUGUUUCUCUUGUUUCACCAGAUGAGAUGGAAAUUUUUAAAGAAAUUAAAUCCUUCUUGGGUGAAGAAGAAGACAAUGGCACAAAUAUUAUUAUGCCAUUUUCACUUUUGACCAAGGAUGCUGUGGAGUCUUUGCGAUACAGGGCCGAGGAUGUGGCAAGGAGUGUGACGAGAAUUGCCGUUAGAGAAUCACGAGCUAAAGAUUUAAGGAACGAAAUUCUCAACUCUGAAAAGUUGAAGGCUCAUUUCGAAGUAAAUCCAAGAGAUCUAGAUUUGUUGAAGCAUGACAAGGUUCUGAGCAAGGACCCUCCCGCUCCCCAUCUCCGUGAUGUGCCCGACUAUCUGUUAGACCAAAAAAACGUGAUGCCAGCAAAUGGUCAAGCUACUAGGGCUGCAAUGGGAGAUAACAAAUCCGGUCGACGCCAGGGAGCCAAGAAAAGAUACAGAAAAAGCAGAGAUCCUCUCAAGAGUUUCUCUUCUGAGGCACCGAAGAGAGUUGGCAAAGAUAAGAAGAAGGGAGAGGAAAAUGGUUUGGAUUUUACCCGUAAAGCAAAAAAGCAAAAACCUGUCUGAUUAUUCAGUUGCAAUUCGUGUUUACCGUUAAAGCCGGCCGGCAGUGUCUGCCCUUUACCGCAGGCAAGAAUGUUGUUCAAGUUUUAUUAGAAAAUCGUGUUUUUUCUUCAUAUCUGCCAGUCUAUCCGUUUUACAGUCCAUGUCUUAGUUUGUGAUUUUCCUUCAUAACAGUGUCGUCUCUAAAGUCGGAAAUUCAUCCUACCGUAACAUCGAACACUUUUUACGGUCACAAGAAGAGUUACCUGUGAAUGUGGCAUGUUUGAAGGUUCAUGAGGUUAUGUUACUCGCCAAAUUUGAGUAUGGUCGAUGUUUUAAGCUCUUUUAUUUAGAGCGUUCUUUGA